AUGCCAGUGGUUUAUGGUCCUCAGCCUUUGAGGCCAUUAAAUUUGGAGACUAGGCAUGGUUUCGACGAACAGUAUAGUAGUGAGCAGUAUUUGCAAUCACUGGCAAACGACUUUAUAUUUUACUUUGAUGAUAAGAGGCAUAGAACCAAUGGAAAUCCUACUCCUGAGGAAGAAAAGACCCAGGAUGUCAAUAACUAUUACCAGCCGAUCUAUGAUUGGAAAAUUAUGAAAGAGCGACAAAAAACUGUGAGUGCAGCAUUGUUAUUGUGUUUGAACUUGGGUGUAGAUCCACCAGACGUGAUAAAGACGCAUCCAUGUGCCAGGACAGAAGCAUGGGUAGAUCCUCUGAACUUCCAGGAUUCUAAGAAAGCCAUUGAGCAAAUAGGAAAGAAUUUACAGUCACAGUAUGAGACUUUGUCACUGAGGACAAGAUACAAGCAGAGUUUGGACCCAUGCGUGGAAGAUGUCAAGAGAUUUUGUAACUCACUAAGGCGUACGUCCAAGGAUGAUAGAAUUUUGUUUCAUUACAAUGGACACGGAGUACCACAGCCGACGCCAUCUGGGGAAAUCUGGGUUUUCAAUAGAGGAUAUACGCAGUACAUUCCAGUGUCGCUGUAUGAUUUACAAACUUGGUUAGGUGCACCGUGCAUAUAUGUCUACGAUUGUAACAGCGCAGGCAACAUUGUCACAAAUUUCCAAAAGUUUGUUCAGAAGAGAAUACGAGAUGAGGAAGAGGGAAUACCAAAUGCAGCAGCGCCCUCUCGAGCAUCGGCAUAUGCAGAGUGCUUCCAGUUGGCAUCUUGUAGAGCAAACGAAUUGUUACUUACGAGUCCUGAGCUGCCGGCUGAUUUGUUCACAUGCUGUCUAACGUGUCCCAUCGAAAUCAGUGUGAGAGUUUUCUUAAUGCAAUCGCCUCUGAAAGACUCUAAAUACAGCAUUUUCUUCAAGAGCCCAUCUGGUGACAACACGAACGAAUCACAGAAUUCUUUCAAAGCGAAUGUACCUAGCGUUAAUAUACCCGGUGUUCUUUCAGACAGGAGAACGCCUCUUGGCGAACUUAAUUGGAUCUUUACUGCAAUUACAGAUACCAUUGCAUGGACUUCGUUGCCUAGACCUCUUUUCAAGAAACUCUUUAGACAUGAUUUGAUGGUUGCUGCUCUGUUUCGUAACUUUUUACUGGCCAAGAGGCUUAUGCCCUGGUACAAUUGUCAUCCAGUAUCAGAUCCUGAAUUGCCUGACAGUAUUGCAGAUCAUCCAAUGUGGAAGUCUUGGGACUUGGCGCUAGAUGAAGUGCUCAAUAAGCUAGUGAACGAUUUGAAAAAUGCCCCUCCUUCCGCUGAUUUGGAGACUAAGAUGAUCUUGCAACAGCAGGAGUCUUUACAAACCCAGCAAUCGCAGCAGCAGCAGCAACCACAAGAGAUGAAAUCUGGGAGUAUUCAAGAAAAGUCCAGAUUUGCAGUAGCGAACUUAAGCACCAUGUCUUUGGCUAAUCAUCCCGCAGCUUUAGCGGCGUCCAAAAAAUCUUCAGGUAACGUGGCGCAAGCUGCGCAGCAGCAGCAACAGCAACCUCAACAACAACAGUUUACGGGAUUCUUCGAGCAGAAUCUCACCGCCUUUGAGCUAUGGCUUAAGUACGCCUCCAACACAAGACAUCCACCGGAGCAAUUGCCAAUAGUUCUACAGGUGCUACUUUCCCAAGUUCAUCGUAUACGUGCCCUAGUUCUACUGUCGAGGUUUCUCGAUCUGGGCCCGUGGGCAGUAUAUCUUUCAUUAUCCAUUGGUAUUUUCCCCUAUGUUCUCAAACUAUUACAAAGUCCUGCUCCAGAAUUGAAACCAAUAUUAGUCUUUAUCUGGGCAAGAAUUAUGUCCAUCGACUAUAAAAAUACGCAGGCAGAACUAAUGAAGGAAAAGGGCUACAUGUACUUCGUGUCCGUUUUGGUACCUGAUUGGGGCUUAAACAUGUCACCAACAACUGGUGGUUCUUUGAGUGCCGGUUCUCCACUAACCAUGACUGCUUCGCCAAGCAUUCAUGCACCUAGAGGCCAACACUAUCAGCAGCAAAUGGCGAAUGGCUUUAGGGCUUCAAGUCCAGCAUUGCAUUAUCCUUCUAGUGAUACUACGGACGAACAAAAGGCAAUGUCUGUCUUCGUGUUGUCAUCAUUUGUGCGGGACUUCCCUCUAGGGCAAAAGAACUGCUUUAGUUUGGAGCUGGUCAACAAGCUAUGUUUCUACAUCGAUAAUUCAGACAUUCCACUUCUCAGGCAGUGGUGCAUAAUUCUCAUAGGACAAUUGUGCCAGCAGAACCCAUUAAAUCGUUACAUCUGCAUGACCGCUGGAAUUAUAGACACUUUGGUAAGAUCUUUGAAAGAUCCAGUCCCAGAGGUUAGAACAGCGGUUUUGUUGGCUCUGAAGCAUUUUAUAUCUGACAUUGACGAUGGAGAUAAUAUUCUCAAACUGCAGCAAGAUUUGGAGCAGCAUUAUCAACAACUGCAUACACAAUUUCAGCAGCUUCAGAGCUCUGCUCAUCAACAGCAGACCCAGCAGAUUGAACAUCAGCAACUCAAAGUCGAGCAACAACUUCAACAUUGUCAGGUAAUGCAGAUGCAGAUACAGAACAUCGAGUCAAGGAAAUUGAAGAGGCAAGAAAUUUCCAACCUUGUGUCAGUGUUGGCUCUCAUUAACGAUGGUUCGCCGCUUGUGAGGAAGGAAGUUAUAAUAUUUUUCUCGCAAGUAGUGUAUCGCUACAUUAAUUUCUUUGUUGUUGUAGCCUUCAAUGAGCUUACUGAGGAGAUGAUUCAAAUGGAAGGAACAGAUGCGGAAGCGCAGAGUUACACAGAUAAGCAUUCUAUCAGCCAUGGGUCCGUUUUUACCACGGUCUGGGAGGCGUUACUUAUUUUGGCAGAAGAUCCUUUUAGUGAAAAUAGGCUGCUUGCGGGACAUGUUGUCGAAUACAUCUUAAGUGAAUUGAGUGUACAUAAGGAACUAAGUGAAGCUUUUUCGAAGAUGGAGCAAUACCUAACAAAAAGUGGUAACAAUGCGCACAAUGGGAAGACGGGCUUCAGCGCAGCUCAGGUGCAAGUUUUAAAACCCACAGGUCCAUUUUCCAUUGAACAUUCAAGGCAGAAGGAAACACAAAAACAAGAGCAAAAUAUUUCUCAUUCGAAAGGUAACUUAGGGAGAAUCUUUCGUGCUCUUGGAUUCAAAGAUUUGGCAACGGAGGAGCGUGAAACAGCUCAUUUGAGGAAUAGCCGUAAGACAAAGAGCUCAGGCAUCUCACUCUUGAGCCAGCCACAUGGCGCUGCCCCACUUGCGAAAACAGUUUGUGCUGGCAGAAACAAGUCUACUCUUAAAUUGCCUCUGGAGAGCACCUUUCUAGAUUACUCUCGUGAAUACUUUCAAGAGCCGCAGAUGAGAAAGCAGGAGGCAGAUGAGUUUGGUAGCGUUGAAUAUAGCUCCAGGCUGUGGCGUAGGAAUCGCAACGAAAUGGUGAUCCAGGAAACUCAGGCACAAAAGAGUUUGUCUUUGUAUGGUGACUGGUCUAAUCGAUGGGCUACACUUGACAAUAAAACACAUCCAAAAGUUAUAUCAUUUUCGCAGUUCGAGAAUUACCUAGUAUCUGCUGACGAGAGAGAUAUUAUUACGGUCUUUGACUGGGAAGAAAAGGAAACCUUGGCAAAAUUCUCGAAUGGAAAUCCUUUCGGCACUAAGGUCACAGAUCUGAAGUUUCUGAACGAGGAUGAUGCUGCACUAUUACUGGCGGCCUCAUCUGAGGGCAUUGUCAAGGUGUACAAAAACAUUAAUGCUUCGGAAGAUCUUGAGAUGAUAACGUCUUGGAGGGGGUUGACGGAUAUGCUGCUGACACCCAAAUCUAGUGGUCUGCUAACGGAAUGGCAGCAAAUAAGAGGUUCCUUACUUGCCACUGGUGACGUGAAAAUAAUUAGGAUAUGGGAUGCUCAUACAGAGACAAUUGAAGUUGACAUUCCUGCCAAAACAUCAUCCCUCGUAACAUCGAUCACUUCUGAUCAAUUGGCUGGGAACGUCUUUGUCGCGGGUUUCGCAGAAGGUUCUAUAAGGGUUUACGACCGUCGUAUGGACCCCAGAGAUUCCAUGCUUCGUCUCUGGAGGUCAGGGAGUGGUAGACAGCGGACUUGUAUCAACAACGUGCAUAUGCAGAGAGGUGGCUAUAGAGAGCUUGUGAGUGGUGCUACAAAUGGGCUCGUGGAGUUAUGGGACAUCAGGUAUCAAGAUCCAGUCGAAUCCUUCAGAGACGAGAACAUGCAGCAACAAGGUGCUCAAAAAAGAAUGACAACGAUGACAACUACUCAAGUUCAUGAGCACGCCCCCAUCGUAGCCACAGGUACAAAGCAAAUCAAGAUUUGGACUACUUCUGGUGAUCUGUUGAACAGCUUCAAAAACUAUCAUAAUACUGGGGGCGUUGCGGGGACGCUGGCUGCCACUGGUAUACGUUCAACAGUACCAUCUAGCAGCUUCUUAUCUGCGAUGGUCUUUCACCCCCAUCGAAUGAUGCUUGCUGCUACAAAUUCUCAUGACUCAAGUAUCAACAUUUACAAGUGUGAAGAUAGAAGAUCUGAUUUAUACUAUUAA